CUGAUGCAGAAGUGCUGUGCUGUCGUUGAAGCAAAGGAACAAAAUUUUCACGUGAAAAUUCAACCAGAAGCUUCGAAAAUUGUCGUUUUGCAAGAAUCUGUAGUUAUUUCAGUGCUGUUGUACAUCCAAACCAAGCAUUUGUUAAAAAUCUGAUAAAAGUUUUACAGUAAAGGCCCCAAAAUGACUCAAAUGGCCCAGGAAGAGAUCGUGUCGAACACCAAAACGGUCAUGCAAGGCCUGGAAGCCCUGCGUGUGGAGCAUAUGACAUUGAUGAACAACCUUGCGGAGGGUAGCAAAAAUGAUCCGGACAAAAUGGAAAUCGUGAAGCGCAACAUGGAAAAUAUUGAACUGGGGCUAAGCGAAGCCCAGGUAAUUGUGAUGCUGUUUGCUCAUCUGCAAAAUAUCGAAGCCGAAAAGCAAAAGCUACGUACUCAGGUUAAACGACUGUGUCAGGAGAACGUAUGGUUGCGUGACGAGUUGGCCAUAACGCAGCAGAAACUGCAGGCAUCGGAACAGAGCGUAGCACAGCUGGAGGAAGAAAAGAAACAUCUCGAAUUUAUGGCUUCGGUGAAAAAGUACGACGAAAUACAGGAAAACGAAGAUAAUCUAGAGAAAUCUCGUACCGAUCCUGUGGUCGAGCUUUUCCCGGAGGACGAAGCCGAAGAACGGAACAAUAUGUCACCGACUCCUCCGAACCAGUUCGCUAACCAUGCGAAUGCCGGUUAUGAGAUACCGGCCCGUUUGCGAACGCUACACAAUCUGGUUAUACAGUAUGCCUCGCAGGGCCGCUAUGAAGUAGCUGUCCCAUUGUGCAAACAAGCAUUGGAGGAUCUGGAAAAGACUAGCGGACAUGAUCAUCCGGACGUUGCUACAAUGCUUAACAUACUAGCUCUGGUGUAUCGGGAUCAGAACAAAUACAAGGAGGCAGCCAACCUGCUUAACGAUGCCCUCACAAUUCGCGAGAAAACUCUGGGUGAAAACCAUCCAGCCGUUGCAGCGACCUUGAACAACUUGGCCGUACUGUACGGUAAACGUGGAAAGUACAAGGAUGCUGAGCCACUGUGCAAACGUGCACUGGAAAUAAGAGAAAAUGUUCUUGGAAAAUCGCACCCUGACGUAGCCAAGCAGUUGAACAAUUUGGCUUUGCUUUGUCAAAAUCAGGCAAAGUACGAAGAAGUUGAAAUGUACUACAAACGAGCAUUAGAAAUCUAUGAGAUGAAGCUUGGUGGUGACGAUCCAAACGUCGCAAAGACACUCAACAAUCUUGCCAGUUGCUAUCUGAAACAAGGCAAAUACAAGGAGGCAGAAAUGCUCUACAAAGAGGUGCUAACAAGAGCUCACGAGCGGGAGUUCGGUACAAUCAAUGGAGAAAACAAACCGAUAUGGCAGGUAGCGGAGGAGCGAGAGGAGAACAAGCAGAAGAAUCGUGAAAAUACGCCGUAUGGAGAGUACGGUGGAUGGCAUAAGGCGGCCAAGGUUGAUUCACCCACUGUCACCACGACGCUAAAAAAUCUGGGUGCCCUGUAUAGACGCCAGGGCAAGUACGAAGCAGCCGAUACGCUGGAAGAUUGUGCUCUCAGAAGCAAAAAAGAGGCAUUGGAUUUGGUGAAACAGUCGAAAGUGCUGGGUGUUGCGGAUGAUAACAAACGCCAGAAGAGCGGCAACAGCAAAGAAGAUAAUGAAGAUCACAACAAACGAGUGCACAAAUAAUUGGUGUUCGUCCGACGCCCCGCACAUUUUACACGCUAGACCAGCUAAAAUAUUAAUAAUAGCCGCUCAUAUACAUGAAGAUCAAUAGGAAAGAUGAUGGUGCAGGUGCAGCGGUUUGUCACCAGGAUACACUGGCAACCAUUCAGAGCGACGCCGAAAUGAUCGAUUAUUUAUAUCUUAUCUCUUUCAGUUUCUGUUUUAUCUUAUUUUAUCCGUUUCGUUUUAUUCCAGUCCGAUUUCUUCCCCUACUCUUCUCUCUCUCUUGAUCUUUAUUUAAAUACAAUUUACUUUUUUUAAUUAUUAAUAUUAACAACCUUAACCUAGCUACUCCUUUCCCUGUUGGCUCUGAUGCCGGGCUACAUCAUGACGAUUUACAUGCUGCCCCGAGGAAUUGCAACGUACCGCUAUUGUACUGCUGAUAAACUCUAUUAAUUAAAAUCUUCAAUUAAUUCCAAUUAUUGCCUGGAACCACUGACAAUGAAUCGCAAUGAAAUGUUGCACACUAUGUAAACCGAUCCGACAUAUUUGAUGGAACGUACAGUAUAGCAACUCUUCUAGCUUACACGGUUGUGCUGAAUGUGCACACAACUAGAUGUGGCAUACAUAAACAUUGUUUUGCUUUGUAAUUCUGAAAACGAAAACGAAAAAUGGAAUGAGUUGGUAGCUUUUUGGAGAUACGAUACGAUUCGAUAUAGCAUCUACUGCAAAAGAUCUGCCGAUGCAUACUAUGCAUAGGUGUGGAAAUGAUUAACCUAAAUAUUAGUGAUUCUGGAGGUAAAAUCAGCUAGCGAGAGAGAGAGAGAGAGAGAUAGAGAAGAAGAAGAACUAGAAGAUAUGAAUGCUAUGCAAGAUAUAAGCGAGAAAUGGGUAAGAUAGUAAAGAAAACUACGCUUUUGAUAAUAAAAUAAAAAUGCAUACCGUUCAUUUAAUCAUUUCCAAAGUAAUAUGUAAGACACAUAUGCGUAUCUGAGUAAUUAUAUAUAAUUUGCUUGUGUUUUCGUCUCUAUCGUGUUCAAAACAAUAAUUGCACCCACUCU